CGCCGACAGAGCAGCGAAGGACUCAGAGCCGGAGAACCAGCUGCAGCCAGUUCAUAUCAUAAGGAGAUUUGGACACAUUUAACACUGUGAGAUGAUUAUGUAGCUUUAGUGCCCACGCUGCUGAGGUCGACGGCGCUGAUUUAAGUAACGAAGUAUUGAUACCAUACACCGGGAGAACCCCGUAACUCGGGGUUGAAUACUUCACACCCCUUUCCCUGCCAGAACCAUUUCGGCAAGAAGCACUACAGUAAAAAAUGGAUGGCCUGCACUCCCACUGCCUGAAAUGCAUCAACAGAAGAUGCAUGGCAAGACCAGAGGCAGGUGUUUGCUGCGACCUCAUCGGCUGUCCUCUUGUCUGUGGAGCAGUUUUUCACUCGUGUAAACUAGAGGAACACCGUCUGCUGUGUCCAUAUGAGCGGCUGCCAUGCCUUAACAGUGGAUUUGGCUGCCCGUUCACUAUUGCAAGGAUCAAGAUGGCACAACACCUUGAGACGUGCCCAGCAAGUAUAGUGUGUUGUACUAUGGAGUGGAACCGCUGGCCCGUGAGCUAUGCCGAUCGCAAAUCCUAUGAAAACUUGAGCAAAGACUUUGAUGAGGUGGAGCAGCUAGACAUGGCGUUGGCAUUGCAGGAUCAGAGGAUGUUGUUAGAGUCACUGAAGGUCACAACCACUGUGUCAAAGAAUGGGGAUAAAGAAGCGGAUGAAAGCGUCAAAAUGGCCACAGCGUCAAGCCUACCGGAAACUAUAUUAGGUAACGUCACAGUUGAUAUGGAAGAGGAGCCCUACAACGGGUUGUAUAGAGCCUCAGUGGAGACAAGCAGAAGUUUAGCAGCUGCCUUGGACAUCCUCACUAACUCCAAGGAUAUUGAUGUAAUUGUUGGAAAUUUAAACGGGGAAAAGACUGAUAAAAAUGGAGCACUCCACAAUGGGGAAAAUGGUGAGAGUCAUGAUGUUUAUGUUGCAGAAGAUGGGAAGAAUGUAGAUAUGCAGGAGAGCGACUCUGAUUCAGAGUGUGAGCUCGGAGCUGUAGGUGGGGUGGACUGCGCAGUCGGGACAGAUGGAGAAGAAGAUGGUAUCAGCUGGGCAGAAGAAAACGAUUUUGUUGAGCUGUUUUUUGAAGAGAAGAAAGAUGUUAUUGAGGAGCCAAUAGAUGAUUCCAACCUCGUAUGGCCAGAGAUGCCUCAGAAUUACAUGCCUGUUGUAGCACUGGAGCCUCCCAUACCCCAGCAAGAGCCGGUUCCACAUCCAAUGCCAUUCCUGCUGUCUGAUCACGUGAGAAAUAACUUCUUGCAACACUUACCCACUGAACUCAGGUAUCGGUGUUUGGAGCGCAAACUACAGAAUGUAGAGGUGCUCAGAGGAAUAAGUAUGUUUACAUUUAAUGGACGUCGAGCUCUGCUGUCAGAUCCUUACUUGUUUCGAGCAAAGAUGGAGGACAAGGCGGUGGACACAUCUGACCUGGAAGUAGCAGACGACCCCAUGGGCCUCCACGGCAUCGAUCUCAUCACUGCAGCUCUGCUCUUUUGCCUCGGUGACUCCCCAGGAGGCAGAGGAAUCUCAGACAGCAGGUUCGUCGAUGGUUACCACAUUGACUUUGGUACUCAGACAUUCUCCUUCCCCUCAGCCAUUCUUGCAACUAACACCAUGGUGGGAGACAUCGCUUCGGCCUCUGCCUGCGAUCACGCCAGCCCACAGCUCUCCAACCCUAGCCCCUUCCACACCCUCAGGCUGGACCUUGUGCUCGAAUGUGUGGCUCGAUACCAAACAAAGCAGCGCUCCAUGUUCACAUUUGUGUGCGGGCAGCUGUUCAGACGGGAUGAGUUCUCAUCUCAUUUCAAAAAUGUUCACGGGGACAUUCACGCCGGACUCAACGGCUGGAUGGAGCAACGCUGCCCCUUGGCCUACUAUGGCUGCACCUACUCCCAAAGACGAUUCUGCCCGUCUGUACAGGGCUUCAGGAUCAUCCAUGACAGGCACCUCGGCUCGUUUGGGGUUCAGCCUGGUUUGCCCUUAAGAAGCGGAGACAACCUCCCGAGAAAGAGCUGCCGCUUUGGCUCACGAAGCGAUCAGUUCAGCAGCCUACCAUUUGAGGUGUUGCAACAUGUAGCGAGCUUCCUGGACAGCUUUAGCUUGUGCCAGCUUUCUAGAGUGUCCCGCACCAUGAGGGAUGUGUGUGCUAGUCUGCUCCAGAUGCGUGGCAUGGUCGUCCUGCUGUGGGAGAAGAAACGGCGUGAUGACGGAUCUCCAUCAUGGCAGAUCACUGACAAGGUGUGGCGAUUCAGCACAGCUUUCGGCACAGUGAACGAGUGGAAGUUUGCCAACAUCGCCAGCAUGGCCGACCACCUCAAGAAGUGCAAGUUCAAUACGAUUGCCCGUCGGGAAGAGGCAAUCCCUCUGCCGUGCAUGUGCUUCACCAGAGAGCUCACCAAAGAGGGAAGGUGUUUACGCUCAGUUCUCAAACCAGUAGCAUAAAGUGAGGAUUACGUCUUCUUUUGGACUUUUCUGAGACCAUCAGAUCUCAAAUACACAUGUAUUUCCCUUCAGUGUUUACAGACAUUAAUCUCUUCCAGCCUCAAAAAAAGAUAACUCCUGGUUGAACAUUAUAAACUGUUGGUUCUUUUUCUCACAGUGGAAAUAAUCUUCACCCCCCUAAAUAAGGCAAAGCCAGUAGUGGGUAGAUUUGAGGCUGCUGUCACAGAUCGGGACUGUAAACAAAUUAAAUUUCUCGCCUUGUAUCAUCUUCUCUGAUGGAUUUAUCAAUGUCAGUGUACUGAAGCUGUACCCAUAUUUACUCUGACAUUGUGUAAAUAACCAGAUGUUUUGAUGUAGAUUUUUUUUUUAUUUUUAUAUCAAAGAGUCAGUACUGUGCUACGAUUGAGGUAAGAGUACGGCCUUAAUUUAUGAUACACUUGAUUUUCUAGUCAUGAGGUUGUUUGGAACGUCUCAGUGAGAUUUCUCUGCUGCUUCCAGCUGGAACAGUUUACUGGUGUCUUGCACGGUUUUAUAUCUUAUCCUGAUACUUAGAGUGACCACGAGUGUGCUGCUUAGAGCUCCUAGGCUCUGUUUACACCUGAUAUUAAAACACAUCCUGGGUGGCAGAUCAUAAGUGGACAGCUCCAAGUACAGGUGUGAAUUGACCAAAUAUGUCCUCAAUGUGUCUUGAGAUUUGAUCACUCAGACCACAUUCAGAGGUGGUACAGGCCCCACAUGGCCACGUCGUUUCAGCAGUGCAAACACUAAUGUGUCUGCAGCCACACUGAAUGACCGCCUGCUCGGUUGAUGUCCUUGCUUGUCUGAACCACCACCAAAUGAGAGCAUUUUUUUGUUGGUGCAGUUCCUCAGAUGCAGAGUUUAAGGGCCGUCUCUGGAGCAACUCUACUCCUUACAGUCAACACUACUCCAACAGUCAGUUUAAAAUCUGCCCACGUAGCACAACUCAACACAGCAGCAGCAGCUGUUCAACAUCCCAACGAUAUUACACCAGCAGUUUAACAAUUCAACUUUUUCUCCUUUUAACCAGAUAUCAUGCUAUAGGGCCGCUACUAAGGCCAUGUAAAGACCAGAACGGCCUCAUAUGAUGACAUUUGGAGAAAGAUCCUCGUGCAUACGGAUCUGCAAAAACAACCGAAAAUGCUGGAGUAUGCAUGCCAGGCCAGUAGUUUGCGGUGUAACUUUGUAAUGACACACCAAAACAUCAUACCCACCCUGCCCAUAAUCCUGUCCUGCCAGCUGUCCCUUUUACUUAGACACUAUGUUACUACUUACGUUGUCAGCUCAAAGGCAAGACAACUCUGUCCACCACGUUCUGUGAUCGUACCGUUUAAACUGAAUGGCAAAGCAGCAUAACGCCUUGAACAGGCUGUGUGUGCUAGGAGUGGCUGUCAACACACAGGCAGCCGUCAAAUUAAAUACGAUUUUACUCCAUUUAAAUAGUAAAGGCCGUGUGUGUGCUUAUAGCACGACAACAGACUUGUUCUUCGCAAACAGCAAUGAUUUACGUGUUUACCCUGAUUCAGAGCGGGGAAGAGAGCCGAUUAAAGUGGUCACUCAAGAUGCAUGUGGAGACGCUGAAGAGCUGUCCACUUGUCAUUGUAUCACCCAAAAUGCAUGAUAACACCCGGUGUAAACAGGCUCAUAGAUUUCAUGGCUUUAAAUUCUACAUUUUUAUGACUGACCAAACAUCUGUGGUAGCGGUGCACAAUGUAUGCCUCUUUACAGGAUGGUCAUACUGUAUUCACUGUGGGUUUUCGUUCACCAGCAUAAGCAUGUCACCACCGUCAUGUUUGGUUUUUAAAUGUAGCGUGGUGUGGCACGUUUACGCUAAGGCAGUCCAUCCUCCUUUUCCCUUAUUUCUGACUAAUGAGCAGGCAUGUUAGUCAGGUGAGAGACGGCACAACACUAUUCACCAGCUAAAUGGCAACAUAUUUAUAGCUGUGGUUGGCUUGUGGUUUGUCUGUUCUACCAGCUACUUCUAACCAGCAAUUGUUUGUAGGUUUUAUACAAAGAUCUAAAUGUAGCAAGUAAAAUGAUGAAUGUACUCAGUGAAUAUAAAAAUCCAUCAGUGACUGUGGUCAGCCUGGUUUGCCUCCUUUAGCGUCAGACCUCAUAAUACCCUGCAGGCCAGGUGUUAAGACAAAACGGGCACACGCUUCCCUCCAGUAACGAGCAUCACUAAUUAUCUUUAUUUAUCAUGUUUUUGUCACUACGUGUCCACUGUGUUCAAAUGUUGGCGUCUCAGGGUUGUAGCAUGAAGCUUUGUCACCCAGUAGUUUGUGUUAAGUCAACUUGAUGACUCGUCAGCUGCUUGUUUUAUCGUGGGGUCUCAGACGAACUGACUGGUGAACCGCUCAGUAUUAUAAUGGCAUAAAUAACAGUGUGUGUUGCAGUGCUGGACUAAUAAAUUUCAUGUUUUUCAUCUAUCAACAUUAUGUUUAUAACAGAGUAACCAAACCAGGCACAAAUGCUGCUUGAAUGUUCUCUGGAGUGAUCAGACACCUUUUUAUUUAUAUUUUCAGUUUGAAUUAAGAAAUAACACGAGAGAUUUUUAUUUUGCUCACUAAUAUGAGAAACUCAAAUGUUUGCAAUGUGGAUUUUGGUUGAAAAUGUCAAAGAAAAGUAACUGGUAUAUUCCUUUGAGGAAUUUGUGUGUUUUUAAAUUUUUUUAAGUUUGAUGUAAAGCCCAAGUGAUGACAGAAUUCAGCUCGGACUUCUUUUUACUCGGACAAGUCCCAAUUCAUGUUUGGUUUAUUUCUUAUUUUUGUACUGGUACUUUUAUUUUGAAGGAAAAAAAUAAUCUGUCUCUGUAAUGUCUCUGUAGAUUUGUAUUGAAAUUACUGAUUUGCACAUGAAGGCAUGUACUGUAAAAUUUAAAUUAUAAUGCAGAGGGGGUUGUCUUUGCUUAAAAAUAGUGGGAAUUUCACUCCCUCGUGUUUUGCAUGUGAGUUUGAUGUCUUUUGGAAAAUGUAUCAGUCCAGUUGCAACUCAUUCAUACAGAUUUUUUCUCAGGCGCAGUUGGUUUAGUACGAUUCAUAUUUACUGUAGCGUUUUUUAAACUUGUGUCAUAAUGACCUGAUCACAUGCAGUCGUUCUUCAGGUUUAGUGGAUUGAGUUGAUAAAAUCUGUUGCUCCACUGAGGUUCAUAAAAUAUUAAGACAAAUGUAUUUCAUCUGCAGCACACCUUUUUUAGUGAGACAGUUUUUGCAGGCACCUGGAGUGUAUCAACACUAUCAUCAGCAUAUUACGUUUUGUUUUCACUCCUGCUGAUGUGUUUUUCACCACAAUAUGCCAGCUUCAUUUGUUUGACUUUUGAAGCAUUUGAAUAAAGAGGCUCUCAGUUUUUAAAUGUU